AUGGCUCUCUCUGAUCACUCUCAACUCCUAUCAAAGGCUUUCUCAGGUCUUGGAGUGGAUGAGAUGUCUUUGAUAUCAACACUGGGAGAGUGGAAUCCCGAAAGGAGGAGAUCUUUUAGAAAAGAAGGUACGCCGAGGUUCUUCAUUGAGGAUGAUAGGUUUUUCGAAAGGUGGAAUGAACAGCAUAUUGCGUUUUUAAAAUGUGAAUUCACCCGUUUUCAGAAUGCAGUGGUUUUAUGGACCAUGCACCCUUGGGAAAGAGACGCUCGUUUAUUGAAGGAGGCAUUGAGGAAGGUGGGUCCGCUGGCGUACAGCGUGAUCAUAGAGGUCGCAUGUACCAGAUCAUCUGAGGAGCUAUUAGGUGCUAGGAGGGCCUAUCAUGCGCUCUUUGACCGCUCCAUUGAGGAAGACGUGGCCCACCAUGUCAAUGGCUCAGAACGCAAGAUGUUGGUAGCACUAGUGAGUUCAUAUAGGUAUGAAGGGCCAAAAGUAAGUGAAGAGGCCGCAAAAUGUGAGGCCAAGACACUCUGCAGUUGCAUUAGAAAUGCAGAUAAGAAGCAGCCCAUGGAGGAUGAAGAGGUGGUGAGGAUAGUAGCAACAAGGAGCAAGCCCCAUCUCCGGGCAAUCUACAAACACUACGAGGGCAUUUGUGGCUCAAACCUGGAUGAGGAUCUUAAUGUUGACUUGAGCUUAAAAGACAUGAUACAAUGCCUGUGUACUCCUCAAAUAUACUUCUGCAAGGCUUUGGAUGCAGCAUUGAGAAAUGGUGGCGAUGAGAAUACUAAAGAAGCUCUAACUAGGGUCAUCGCGACACAAGCUGAUGCACAAAUGAAGGAGAUCAAAGAACAGUACCAUAAUCAGUAUGGAGUUUCUUUGUCUGAGAAGAUUGAAGAGAGAGCCAAUGGAAACUAUAAGGAAUUCCUGCUCACAUUGCUCACAAGAGAUAAUUAGUUAAUACCUAAAAAGAACCAAUGCCAUGUUGUUUGUAUUGAAUUUUAUUUAAAUCCAUAUAAAACCAAAUAAUUUAUGCAAUAAUUUAUAUGAUCCUU